AUGUUUCGUUCAAUUCUGCUCGUAUCAAUAGUACUAUUGGCACUAAUCGAGUUCACUUUGGGACAAACAGCUCUAGAUCAUCAAGUCUCUUAUUUACCAGGUUUCAACGGGCCCAUUAAAUUCAAGAGUUAUACCGGUUAUUUGAAGGCUAAUGCGACUCGGGGACAUUAUUUGUUUUACUGGUUUAUGGAAUCUCAGAAUAAUCCGGCAACGGAUCCAGUGGUUUGGUGGACCAAUGGUGGACCAGGUUGUUCCUCUAUCGACGGUAUGGUCUCGGAACACGGCCCUUUCGUCGUCUUGGCUGAUGGUAAAACUGUUGUGGAUAAUCCAUACGCUUGGAAUAAGCGUGUCAACAUGGUCUUCCUUGAGCAACCUAUCGGAGUUGGAUAUAGCUACAGUGACACACCUGCCGAUUAUCAAAAUGUCAACGAUGAUGUCGCCGCUGCUGAUAUGAAUGAAGCCAUGCGUGAUUUCUUCUCAAGAUUUCCUCAAUAUUUGAAGAAUGAUUUUUAUAUUGCUGGUGAGAGUUAUGGAGGAGUCUAUGUUCCAACUUCAGCUUUGAGAGUUCUUCAAGGUAAUCAACAAGGUGAAUUGCCAAGAAUUAAUUUGAAAGGUAUCAUGGUUGGAAAUGGUGUCACAGAUGCCGAGAGUGAUGCUAAUUCAGUACCAUUGUUUUAUAAGGAACACAGUUUAAUUACAUCUGAGGAUUACAACAAGGGAUUUAUUGCUUGUAAGGGCAAUUUCUAUGCCAAUCAAAAUGUACCAGAUUGUUCCAACUUUUUGCAAUUGGUUUAUUCUUCAUUGGAUCAUCUCAAUCCUUAUUAUAUUUAUGAUUCAUGUACUUGGUUAGGAGACAACGGAUUAACUAUGAAGAAGAACUCCAAGAAUCAUCCUCUCUUUGAAUUGCACAAACAACGUCCAAAAACAAAGAAAUCAUUCAUUGUUGGAGCUGAAAGUGAUAGUCCUUGUGUGCCAGAUCAUUCUAUCAUGACCUAUUUCAAUACUCCUGCUGUGAGAGCAGCUAUUGGAGCGACUCAUCCAAUUGCUUCUCCUUCAGGAUGGCAAGUGUGUUCUACAUUUAUUAAUUACACACAGAUUUAUACAACAUUGUUGCCAUUCUAUUCGAAAUUGUUGCCAGAAAUUAGAAUUUUGGCAUAUUCUGGUGAUGUUGACUGUGUUUUGAACACUUCUGGAACUAAGGCUGGACUUGACAAGUUGGGACUUAAUGUUUCUCUUCCAUACUCAAAGUGGAUUCACUACGAUGACAAUAACAACAUUGUCGUGGAUGGAUUUAUUAGAAAAUACUCGAAUGGAAGGGGUUUGACAUUUGUCACCGUUCGUGGAGCUGGUCACAUGGUACCGCAAUAUCGCCCACAACAAGCUUUGAGAAUGUUAGACAACUUUUUGAACGACAAGUGGAUCGUUAAAAAUUAA